CUUCAUUGUGCCUUCAACGGCGCCCAGCGAGGUCCAUAAUUCAUGAAAGCCCCUCUCGAGAAGCUACCGCAACGCCGCCAUUCCGGAGGACUCGGAGGCGCGGGCGCAGAUGCUCUUUGACAGCGAGGCGUUCGAGACAGCCCAUCAAUCCGUUGCUCAACUAGGAGACACCGCGAUGCCCACCACUAACAACACCGAAUAUCACGCCGAACACUUUGUCGCGUAUGUCAAGGCGAAUGGUCACCUCUGGGAACUGGAGAGAUCACGGCAGGGACCGCUGUAUGGAGACUACCUCGGGGAAGACCAGGACGUCCUGAGUCCGAGGGCACUGGAGCUGGGCCUGAAACGCAUCAUCAGUCUUCAGGACGGCUCCGCCGAGCAGAAUACUCUCUUCAGCUGUACAUUGCUCGCGCUGAAGCAGGACCAAGAGACAACAUGCAAAGACGAGAUCAAGGGAGAGAAAGAAGCAUCGACGGAGCUGAACUGGGUCCCAGAAGAACUGCUGGGGUGCUCCGUUAUCAGUGCAGCUGGUCAUUUAAGCCCUCAUUCCAAGCUCCGGCCGCUUCCCCACCUCUGCGCGAUGAAGAAAUCGCCAUGCCGACAUAUGCCUUUCUAGACUUAUGUUUGUAGAGCGAGUGUCAUUGAAGCUGGGGUAGGCGGCAUUCCAAGGGAAUUGUUGAUCACCAUUUCGUUCCACACGCGCUGUAGUGGCUGGG